AUGUCCGACAGCUCCGACAUAGAGAUACAGACCACGCUGCCGAAGAAGCAAACGAAGAAGAUGCCGAAGUCGCCCUCCGACGAAGUACUGAAGGCCAACGAGGAACCGAGGAAGCCCAGCACCAAGGUGAUGGUCCACCAAGCGCUGGCCGACUUGAGGAGCAGGAAAGGCACCUCCAUGUACGCAAUCAAGAAGUACAUCCAAGAGAGGUUCGGCGUGGACGUCGAGAAGAUUAACUACAUAAUAAAGAAGCUUAUCAAAGCAGAGGUCGAGGCAGGUACGAUCAUCCAAACGAAGGGUGUCGGCGCUUCAGGCUCCUUCAAACUCGCCGUGGGGAAGGAGAAGGUCGAACAGAAGAAAGCUAUGGCCAAGAAGCUCGCGGAGAAGGUCAAGGCGAAUGAAGAGAAACCGAAGAAGACCAAGGAGACGCAAUCUAAGCCUAAAACUAAGAGCCUCGAGAAGAAGGUCGCGAGCGGCAAGGCCAAAUCGAAAGUGAAGGGACGGGAGGAGAACAUGAAAGAGAAAACUAAAGAGAAAACGAAAGAGAAGACAAAAGAUAGAAAGAAACAAAAAGACCCGAAUGCGAAGAAAGCGAGAGCGAUGCAAACUCCCGCGAAGAAAAGGGCCGCACUUCUUAAAAGAAAGAGCAUCGGCUCGAUCAUAAAGCCACCGAAAAUGCGGCCAAAAGCUAAGGGC